AUGUCAGAAGAACAACCUAUCGAGAAACCAACUCCUUCCGAUCGAGCACUGCCACACGCUACAGAGAAAAAAUCCUUGCAACAGAUUGGCAGUAUAAGAGGUGCAGCUGCUUCGCGCUUCCCCGGGUCCGACCAGGUUAUUCUCGUUAAGGGACGGCGUGGCUGGGCUAAUGCAAGUGGGUUCCGUCUUGAGCACAACCUCAGCUGGGGCGUCGGCCUUCUUGAGCUUGCGAAUGCUGGGGACUUUGCCGCCAAUGUGUGGAAUGAUGUGCCUGUUCCAUUGUUUGCCGCGAUCCUCAUGGCUUUCGGCGGAACACUAGCUGGCAUGAUCUGCAUUUUUGCUUUUGCGGAUGCAGUGAAGGCGUGGCAUAACGUCUGUUUUCUCCGCUUCCAGCAUAAGGGCAUUAAAGCAGAAAAGACCCGGUGCUUUGCGGCAGGACAGCCGUCAGGUCAGCUCGCCAUUACCGAAACGAUUACGUGGCGUGAGCUUCGGAUGGAGACCAUCAACCGCUGGGCGAUGGACAUUCUGAUGGGUGUUGGUGCCGUCCUGAUAUCCAUCGGUACAUUCAUGGCUAUCGGCGGCGCCAACCCCGAGGUCUGGCUUGCAAGCAACAUCCUCUCAGGAUACCUCGGAAAUGCCCCUAUCGCCUUGUUUGGCUUGAUCAACGCGGUCUGGCAGGUUGAAGUUUGGCGAGUCAACCAAGCUCACAGAACCGCGGCAAACAAGGAACUGCAAGGCUCUCCCUGCCUUCAAAUGAUUCGGAGACGUUGUUUUGACGUUCAACUCUACUCUAUCGUCAAUGGAUCGGCAGCUAUCUUGGGUGGAGUUGGUUCCAUGUUGACCCCUACCUUUUGGUGGGGCUACGUUAUUCUCAUUCCAGUCAUCAUAUUCUCUUUCCUAUCUAACAUAUGGUAUCGGAAGCGGGUCGGCUAUGAUCGGCCACAUAUAGACAUGAAACUCGAAAUCACUACCUCUGAGCUGGUGGACGAAUUUAAUAGGGCCACGGGUAUAAGACGGACUCUGAACGAGUCUCCUACAGCAGUACUGCCACUACUUGUUCCUCAGCCUCAGAAGUUGAACGACAUCCUGGAUUUCCUUGUUGAUCAUGGGCUUUUUGAGGCAUUCUGUGUCAAGUUGGUCAACGAACCGAGCUUGGCCAAGUCGCUUGUUCCCGCCACCGGAGACAUUCGAAGCCGAUUUCAGAGGGAUCAGCUACUAGAGUUGACGGUCUCUCAGCAGAGUACUGCCAUCCAAGCAGCUUCAGAUUUUCUUUCCAAGGAGGGACUUGAGCGGUUCAAACACCGUGAAAGAUUUUUAGCAGACUACCUGGGUGAUCACUUGAGCGCCAUUUGCAGAGCCAAGAAGCAACGGAAAAGAGUAACGAAGUCGGACAACUUAAUGUAA